ACUUUUUUUGUAGUCAAACUGGAAAAAAGUCACAGAAUUCCAAUAAAUAAAUUGCCACUCCUUUGAGGAGAGAGUAAUGUGUUCUUCUAUUCUAAACCUGCUGAAACUUUGGACCCUAUUUUUUCUUGAUUCGCCAAGAACAUGAUUGCGAAUAUCCCAAAACUAAUAUCUUCAAGAAAGUUCGACAGAGUUGAUGAAUUGGAACAGGAAUGGCAAGAGAACUACGUUAAUGUGCUGGAAAAGUGCAAAGACAAAGCACAACAGCAAGUCACUAAUAUUCUCGUAUCUGCCGCGAUGACUUCAAACGAAGAACAUGCAAACAUCACGACAGGACUGAUUUACGGUAUUUUGGUGGAUCGGAGUUCGGCUUAUUUGUUUUUAAAUUGCUUAGGUGUUUUGACUCGAGACAAAUUCUCGCACUGCGUUUCCCAGAUGCGUCGUUUGAUCUUGGAACGUUAUUCACGUCUUGAGGACAGUAUUAAAGAACAAUGCGUGUGGCUGGUGAUUGCUCUCAUUACCCUAGGUGCCCCGGAUGUAGAUCGGUUGGUGGCGGCGCUGCUGCGAUACAUUGUGACUGGAAGUACUCAAAAAUCGAAUAUUUGGCUGAUUCAGCAAAUCCUGAGUCUGCUCACAAACUAUAAAGAUUGGUUCUACGAGCAGACCAAUUUGAUUCCAGUCGUUCUAUAUACCUUACUAUCAGUGAUAGGUGAUCAUACCAAAUCACAAUUUGACUCUAUGAGAGAGCGGGAAGUAGAGUUGUGCGUUAGGCUCUUGAGAGAAAAAUUCGAUUUGUGCAAACUCAUAGGCAGGGAUCUCAUCAGAAUCCUAUAUAACGUCUUACGCAUUCCGGAGUUGGAAAAAGUAUGGAAAGACGUUAUUAUGAGCAAUCAAACGCCCUCUACGCCUUAUCUUCGAUCCAUAUACUUCACACCUACUCCGAAACACAUUCUAACAAGCAGAAUCACCCCUGAAGCUGAACAUUGGCUACGUUGGAUGAUGCAUCACGUUCGAGCGGGGAACCAAAAACGCUACCAAAUUUGGUUCUCCAAACGGCACUUUGCCUCUCCGGAGAGUGAGGCACUGAUUCCAGAACUUAUUCGUUGGGUUUGCGGAGCUCAUCACCCAUCCAACGCCAUCCUUCAGUCGGAUAUUGUUCCUAGGUGGGCCAUCUUGGGAUGGCUUCUCACUAGUAUUAAAACACCCUAUAUUGCCACCAAUGCCAAGCAAGCAUUAUUCUAUGACUGGCUUUUUUUCGUCCCUAACAAAGAUAAUAUCAUGAACGUGGAGCCAGCAAUGCUUCUGAUGAUGAAUUCCCUCAAUCAAUAUGUUGACAUUACAAUCAUGCUCGGAGAGUUUCUGUUUAAUGCGGUCGAAUCGUAUAUUCAUUUGUCCUACCAACCUAUCAGAGAGGAUAUAAGAAGAGGAAUCUUGAACUCCGCGAAAAUCAUGCUUGACAAAAAAGUAAUAUCCUCUCUAGAUCCCCUGCUCAAUUGUCCCCAAAUUCCCCAAAGCUGGAGAGACGCUAUGAAAAAACUUCUCGAUGUGUCGAGCAUAUCGCCGAAUGGACAACCGAGGCUCCCGUAUCCACAGCAAGCAAUACCUAUGGCUCUAAAGAAUAGACCCGUUCAAGGCGGCUUAGCCGCCAGCGCGAGCAACAUCUCAGAUCCCUCGCUGCCCCCUUCCAAUGAGUCCAAUGCAAACGGAAAAAUGAAACGAGAUGAUUUGUACAAAAAAAUUGUUUCUCCUCAUCCGGCCCACCAUCACACAGAACAACAACGACAACCCAAGAGACACUCGAUUGCCAGUACUAGCACGGCAAGUACUCAGCAAUCAGAGGUGACAUCUGAAAAUGACACUGCAGCUCAGGUCGCCAGCUCAGCAUCAAAAGAGGCGAGUUCUUUGACCUCUCUGAGCGAACCACCGCGUCUGGAUCCAAACGGUUCAUCCAACACCUCCAACACCGAUUCAAGGACGAAAGUUAUCCCACCUAAGGCUCCUAGCUCGACCCCUUCUGACCAAGACGACGAGAGUCUAUUUCAGACUUGGAAAGCCGCCGUCUUUUUGACCCAGCCGCCUUCUUCUUCUAAUCAACCCUCCUCCGCCGCGGCCCCUAAAAGCCAAGUCUUGACACAAUCCAAAUCGCCUGAAUUAGUCGAACCCUACAGGAAUAUAUUAGGACAGCUUUCAUCCGCUGUCAAAGUUGGCAACUACUCUCUGGCAAGAACAGCCCUUGAAUCUGUGAUAUCCCUAUAUGCAAAGCAAACGUCUUCUGACAACAAUCAUGAGGAACAAUCAUUUAUACAAGUGGCUGAAGUCUUGGCAGAAUCCCUUAUUACUGUACUCUCCAGCGAACUUCUGGACUGUUCAACGUCCGAAACACUACCUAAUAUAGGACUUCCGCUACAAACAACAAGUCACUCACCUAUCCAUAAGGGCCUCUUUGGCGUUUUCGGCCAAAACCCCGACUCAGCGUCCUUGCUUCACCUUCUCACUUGCCUCCGCUCUAUUGAACCCACUUACGGCUACCGAUACCUGUGUUAUCUCAUAGAAAGUCAACCAUUUUACUCAGACAAAAAAACGACCCUCCCUGGUAGCUCGGAGCCUAUUUCUUCCUGCGUCCAAACCCCCAAAAAAGAAGCCGAAAUUUCAACCGAUGAUUUUGCUAAUUAUGUCUAUUCAUUGAAACAAAAAAAAGACUUCAAACCCCCCCCCGACUCUGAAUCAAUAUGCGUUGCCACGUUUAUGCAGCCAUACGUUCGCUGGCUACAAUACAGAUGCCAAAAAACAAAUUUACCUUCCGACACAACUACAAUAGAAGACCAUUUCAGUGAGGACGUCAAGAUCUUGGCCAAAUCUGACUUAGAUCUGUUCAACCUUGUAUGCCCAUAUUUGUUUAUGUAUUUGACCGAAUACGCAGUGAGUAAUAUCAAACUCAUUAAAUUACUCGUCUCCUGCUGCUUUCCGACAUCUCUGCGUUCUUACGUCAUGGAACUCUCCACAAAUAAUUACGAAAUCAUAGGUGAUCAUGCCAAAGAAGUAAUCCUACAAAGCCUCGAAUGGGACUCUAUGUCGCAAUAUUGCCUCUGGUGUAUUGUCAAUGCAGAAUUCUAUCAAGCCUCCGACUUUCUGAUCGAACAUAUACCCUCAAUCCUCGACCGCAUUGAUGUCGACCAACAUGCUGAAUGUCUUGUUGGGCUUCAACAAUUUCUCGCCCUCAUCGAGCCCUCUCGCCUAAUAACAGAUGCCAUCCUGUUUACGCCUUUCGAACUCGAUAGAUUUGUCGUCUCCGUGCUCACUCGCUGGGCACUCUGUGAAGGCGACCGAACCGCCCUUCUUUGCAAAUCCAUAGGCCAAACUCUGGGCGACCUCAUUAAAAACCGGUUUUCUGACACAAAAAAAAAAAUUUUUGCCAGGCGAUCUCUGAUGCAUUUGUUCGUAUGGUACAUCGAACUUAAAGAGGAAAUCGUUAGGUCCAUCUUCGCGGACACCCCUCUCCGAAGCAAGAUUGUGCAGCUUAUCAAGGCAUAUGAACUUCAAACGGAGUUUUCUGUUCUUCUCAAAAUGUGCCAAAAUCAAUGCAUCAAAAAUUACAAAAAACCUGCAGUUAAAAAACGCAAAAGAGACGUAGACGACUUAGACGAUCCGGAAAGUGCAAACGAACAAGAAAGCAAAUACCAAUCUGACGAGGAAAAUGAUAGUUUUCUCGCUCAAAGAAACGAGAUGAAAAAAAAAAAACUGGAUAAGCUUGCCUUAAAGAAGACAAAAUCGGAGUAAUUCUUGUGCUUAAGCAAAAACUAACGGUCAACGUAAAAAGAAAUUGUGGACAAUUUUUGUACCAACGAAUUUGAACGGUUCUGAAUUAAGUGAGAAUUGUAAAUCUUAUGCUCUAUAUUACCAACAACAGCUUUAAAACCGUCAUUUAUAAGCUUUACAGUCAAGCUCUUGCUCUGUAAAAUAUUCAAAAUGAUCCAGACCCAAAAUUCGCUACAAGACUAGACCAAAUUCUGGUCGCGCUGUUCUUAAAACUCCAACGCUUUUAUAGUCAAUAAUGUUUUCAUCGGUUCUAAAGCGUUGUUCACUUUUUAACGAAAGUUUCUAAAUUUAAUAGAAUUAUUUAAGAUGUAAUAUACACAGAGAUUUUGUGCACAAGAGAUGAUAGCUUUUGGCAACAUUAGACAUGAAUGGUAUUGUUUUGGCUUAUUAAAAAAGAAAAUUUCAUCGUCUCGAACUACGGUGGUAGAACUUUAUUAUCUGUUCUUUAUAAAACUUUAUUGGUAACCCUUUCAGCAGUACCAUCGGUACUCUCA